AUGUACAGUAUAUGAAAUAUACAUACAUAUUCGGGUCGGGGCCUUAUCUUCUCGAGGGGGAUAACGAUGGCGUCCCUAACCUCAUCUCUGCAAGCUCUGAAGCUUUCGUCUCCGUUCGCCCAUGGCUCCACUCCACUCUCUUCUCUCUCUAAGCCCAAUUUCUUCGCGAACCCUCCAAGGCCCGCUUUGGUUCCGGUCAUCAGAGCCAUGAAAACGAUGCAGGGGCGCGUGGUGUGCGCAACCAACGACAAGACCGUGGCGGUGGAGGUGGUGAGGCUGGCUCCGCAUCCCAAGUACAAGAGGCGCGUGAGGAAGAAGAAGAAGUACCAAGCGCAUGACCCGGAUAAUCAGUUCAAGGUGGGAGACGUUGUGAGGCUAGAGAAGAGCAGACCCAUCAGUAAGACUAAAUCAUUCGUGGCGCUUCCCGUCGUCACAAGGAGCGGCAGGAAAGCGGAAGUCGGAGGAGAAUCUGGGAACGACCUUGGCAUUCCCUUAGAAUCUCAGCAGCCGGUGGUGUAGAGGAGAUUGCGACUCACUCAGUGUAUUUUCUUUUCUUGUUCUCCAUUUCGGAUGUUUGUUGUGUAUUGCAGAGGAUUGUAAUUCUAUCUGUUUAUGGAAUGUGUUUUCUGCUUUUAUUGCUUUCGUAUACGAAUUGCUUGGUGUGUUUGUGGAAUUUAGUGCCGUGGUGAUGUUCCUGCUGGUAACUGGUAAGGUCUUGUAUUCUGAUCAAAGUAAUGUAUCUAAAUCAGGGGUUGUGUAUU